GCGUUCGGCGCUCUAUCGAGAUGGCUGGGUAGGAACAGCAGUGCAGAGGAGCAGCAGGAAAGAGCAAAGAGAGGGAAUUCGGGAUGCACAUCAAGUGAUCUGUGACCGUCUGCCGGUUCGCAUUACAAGGUGGCAGUGCUGCAUACAAUAUGAAGAUAAUGAAGUCGCAGUCUGCAUUAUGCAGCAUAUAGCAGCAAAAUGUGUAACUGGAAUGGAGAGAAGAUUCAUAUAGAGAAAAUUACAGAAUCUGCAAAUCUUUUGAAGGCAUGCCCUUCUAGAAAGAAACUGAAAUGCUAAACCAACUGCAGAAAGGAGUCUUAGAAGGUUGAAGAAGUAAAUAAAUCUGAAAUGGCUUCAAAACUAAAGAGCUUUUAAUGAUUCAAAGCUUGCAGCUCCCAUGGAUGAAGAAGAAACACAAGAGAAUAAAUCAAUGAGGCAACUAAAUAAGGCUGUAGACUCAGACAACAAUUUAGAGUCCGGAUCUAGCCACAAAACUGCACAAACAUCUGAUGUAAAUAAGAAUCAGAUUCAGAGCCUUGAUACAUUAUCCCAACUGGCCCAACAGGACAGUGACAAUAAUAAUGAAGACAGUAAUGCUGGUGAAACGGGGACUUUGAUGCAGUGCUUGAAAAAUGAGAACAACUGUAGUGUUUCGUCAAGUGCAAACCCAGAGCAACUGAAGGAAAAUGGAUCUCCCUCAAAAAGCAAAAAAGGCUCCAAGAUGCAUUUGGACACUGCCAAUACCACCUCUCUGGACUUUAUAGUUAAUGGAUCUCCAGUGUCUUUUAUACCAGAUGAUUUGGAAAUGCCAGAAAAAUUGAAAAUUGAGACAGCAAAAAAUAGUCGACCUGUGGAUGAUAUGAUCUCAGUUACUAAGAAACCAGUUGACAAAGACUACAGCAUGCUGCCGCAUUAUCUUCAUCAGAUUGCAGAGGCUUACUUUCAUGAAGAAGAUUAUGAGAAAGCAGUCCAAUUUAUCCAGCUGGAAAAAUUGUAUCACGAGCAACUUCUGUCCAAUUUAACAGCUAUUCAAAAGCAGUGGGAAUUAAAAUGGAGCACUGCUGCUACCCAAGAGAUGAAGCCUCACAGGAAAAACCCUUGGACCUUGGGAGCUGAAGACCUAGCAACUCUGACAAACUUAUGCACGACUCAUCAAAGGCCUGUUGUUGCAGCUGAAAAGCCCAGCAAUCCAGAAAAGGUGUUGGAAAUCAGCCUUAUUGCUUUGAAACAAACAGAGUGCCAGCUAUGCUCUAAAGCCAGCAUAUGCAUUUCAGAUACAUUGUCUAAUGCAGCAACAGAGGAGAAACAGAGCUCACUUAAAUUACCGGUGAUGUCUGAAGAGACAUCUAUUCUAAAAGAAGGUUUUACAGGCCUGGUAUUAGAAGAUCAAGAAGAAGGCCAAACGAAUGAGCUGGACAGCCAGCAGAGGGAAGCCUUGCCUCUCAGUGGUUCCUUACUAGCUCCCCACACCCAUGAAGACCUAAGGCCUGAUAGACAGUCUCUUCCUGCUUCUCUGCUGCCUGUAAGCACAAGCUGCUGUUCACAGCCUGCAACAGAGGGAGAAAAGAUCCUUGAAGAUGUACUGACAGCAACAGAAUCCAGUAAAAAACAGAACAUAAAGGGGGAGCAGUGGCUAGAUGGAGCACAACUACCUGAGCAGGCAAAUAUUUUCCCAGGGCAUUUGAGCUCAGACUUGCAAACAGGUGGAGAAGAGUAUGAUCCCAGCACCAGUAGGACUCAAGCUGGUCAGGAAUACAGUAACACAAGUGAGAAAAGGACUGUUUUAGAGGUGAAGGAUAUAAUUGUAACUUCUUUGACGAAUGAUUUGGAAAAUAUAGCUGCAAGGGAUGAAAUUCAGCCCGAUCCAGAGCACAUGAGUAGAGAGCCCAAAAAGCUGGAGGUACUAUUAGAACAGGACUGGAAAAGUGAAAAUGAACUUGCAGACGGGGAUCAUUGCCCACAGGAAGGUUUCAGAGAGUUGGAAGAGAAUGGAACUUUUGAAGGGGACAAAGAACAAUCUUCUUUUGUCUUUACAGAGAUGAUGGAUUUGAGUGAUAGCUUAACUUCCCUGGAUGACCUUGCUAAGAAAAUACAGAUUGAAGAGAUAACACCAGCGGAGGGACUUGUGUCCAUUCUAAAGAGACGGGGUUCUCUUGAUGGGACAGAAAUCCUUCCCGUGACGGUUAAACGAGAGACGAAGAGAAGGGUGAGGUUCCAGGAGCCAGAAGACACUCUAGACCAAGAUGAAGAGGGCGGUGGUUCCUGCCUUCUUUUAGUCCUGUUGUGCAUUGCAACAGUUUUCAUCAGUGUUGGAGGGACUGCGUUAUACUGCACCUUUGGGGAUGUCGAUUCAAAUGUAUGCACAGAUUUUGCAAAGAACAUGGACUUUUAUUUCACUCAGAUUCAACAAGGCAUAGAGGAGCUCAGACACUGGCUGUCCCCAGGCUCUUAGCUGCCUGGAGUAGUGAACUGUAUUCCUUGCACCUUCUCCUUCAGUAUCCCUCCCUGUGAAAUCAUACCAUGAUGAUGGCAUAAGGAACAUUAUCAGGCAUUAAUUACUUCAGUACAGCUUAUCCCUCGGGUGGCUGCUGUCAUAAGCUAACCAUUUGCUAUAAAUUGGCCCAAUCACACACUGAUCAGUGUCAUUGUGUGUCAAGUAACAGCACAAGGGUGACAGAGGAAACUGAAAUGGAUUUCUAAACAGACCAAAUGUAAUGGCCAUAUGGUAUCUUGUUUCUUCUGCUUCCUUAUAAAUCUUGUUUUAAAAUAAGCUGAGACAGAGCACUAGACAGACACGGUUACAAUAUCAUUCAGAGACAUUAGUCUGCUCAAAGCAUAUUUAAAACUGAAAGAGAAACACACUGCCAUAGAUAUUGGAAUAUUGUUUAAAAAAUGUUUUUGUUUUAAGGUCUUAAUCGUGUAAUAAUAUUGCACAGAUAAGAAGUAUAAAAUAUCAGGUUGGUAUUUUAAUAUUGUCUUCUCUUCAGGCAAAAUGGUAGCAUUUUAAAGGUUUUUAUUGUCAUUUUUAAACAGUUAACAAACUUAAAGUGAAAAGCCCGGUUUGUUCUGAAGGUUAUUUGGGGACAUAAAGAUCUAUCUAUCUAUCUAUCUAUCUAUCUAUCUAUCUAUCUAUCUAUCUAUCUAUCUAUCUAUCUAUCUAUCUAUCUAUCUAUCUGAUAAGAAUACAUGUCACAGUGAAGUUUAAUAAGAACAUCUGCCAGAAAAGAGUAAAACGUGGUAACACAAAGUAUUCGGAAGUAAAUGGGAGCUUUAAAUGCUGUAAUUCGCACAACCUUAGCUUUGUAGUUGGUUGACUAUAUAAAAGUACAUAGUUUGUUCAUGGAAUACAUAAGUGUGACAAAUUGCAAUUUUCUGAUGUGACAUGCAUUUCAAAGCACCCAGUCUUAAUUGGUUUGAAAAGUACAAGGCUACUUCUUAAAUGGCCUGAUAUGUUUAAGUGACAAAUUUUAUUUAUAUGUUUCCCCAAAUUUAUUUAUUAUAAAUAGUAUAUUAAGAUAAAGCUGAUAAAUAAACUUUACAUAGGAAAAGUACAGUGUGCAAUUUCUUCACGUUCAGCUUUACAAAUACAUAAAUUAAAGGGCAUCGCAGUUUUGAAAAUUGGAAAUGUAGUUAUUUUAUAUUAGUAACAUUUUUUUCUUCAUUAUAAGAACUUAGACUGAAAAUUCUGAAGAUCCAAAUAGGCUCUGUUUACCUGAAUUUAACUGUUAUUUUAAAAUAUUAAAAUGAAGAAAGGGUCUUGAAAAAUAAGGAAAAGCCUAAAACACUUGGCUUUACACAUCUUUUUUUAAAUACAUUUAUGUCUCUGGCUGGAUCAGUAGACAGACACACUUGUUCAAAAUGUGUGUUUUCAACUAUUUAUUUAGUCUAUAAAUAUGUAAGGUAAGUAAGGAUAACAAGAUAUAAUUUUUAAAGUCUACACUGUAAUGAUUUGCAUGUGUUCUUUGUUCAGAACUGUUUAAUCUUGUUGUGUAUUUACUGUAUAUUUGGGUUCCCAAUUUCUGUCUUGGGUAUUACAUGACAUCUAUAUUUGCUAUUUAAUGCUGGUAGACAUUGCCACAUUGUAAAUCCUCACAACUUAAAUAUUAGAUUGAAUUGUGUUAAACAUCAAGAUACACUAAAAUGUUUUGAAAUCUUUUUAUUAUGUAUAUAUUGUAUCUAGGGUUCAUGUAUGUCUUAUGAUGUAUCCAGAUUUUCUAAUUUUUCUUGUAAAAACCCAAAAUUCAGGGUUGAUGAACACAUUGGCUAGGGGAAAAACAUCUUCUGCAUUAAUGAGUGUGUCCUUUGUUUUAAUGUUUUUAUUUAUGUAUGGUUUAUGUCCAAAUACAACAAGAGCUUCCCUCUUAAAAAGCAGUGUAAAUUUACCGAGCCAUUAUAUAAGAAAGAGAUUAUAACAGGAACACAAAUGUACAUUUAAAAAGCAUGAUAUUAAUAUUAAAUAGAUUGUCAAGAAAUCACCUUGACAUGUAAACUUAAUAAAAAAUAACUUCAAACAGC